UCGGUGUUGUCACAUCGCCGCCGCCGCCACACAGUCAGUCGGCACCGAGCGCGCUAACCGUUGUCGUCGUCGUCGUUGUUGUUUUUGUUGUGGUCGUAGUAGUAGUGUUGGCGGCGAGUCGUCUCUACUCGGUCCCCCCGUGUUUGCAUAUUAUUCGCGUGAACACAAACACCGUGUCAUAGUUUUUUUACGUUAAUAUAUACAUAAUAUAUAUAUAUAUAUAUAUAUAAUAUUAAUAAUCGUCGUGAUUAAUAUUUUUUAAAACUUUUCGCGUUCGACGACGCGCUCGAAAACACUCGUCGAAACACCGCGUGCGAACAACAACGGUCGACCGUCUCGCGUGUGAUUAACGUCGAAAUAAUAUUGUUUCCGAACUACCGUCCACAGCAAUCGAAUUCGACAUCGCAAAGAAAAUAAAAAAUUUCGGUUUGCAUUGGAUUUUUUUUUCUUCACCGUACUCCGUCGCAAUCACUCGCGGUAAACAUUUGUGAAUGCUCGUACAGGAGUCUGGUCCACCGUAGUGGCUGGGUCAAACGGUAACGGCGUGGACGGCGUGGCUGUUAUGCGGUUCGAGCAAGCGGACCUCAGGUGCCGGUCACCCCGUGGGGCACCGGACACCCCGCAGACCGCUGCCGCUAUGACCGGCGGCCAACGUUCACCGGACACAUCGUACACGGCGGCCCGUGCGUCGUCCACUGACUUUUCCGUCAGUUCGCUGCUGACGAACAACAACAACAACAGCAGUGGCGGUGCGCCGCCAUCCACGAUCCAGCAGCAGGCCGGUGGCCAGCAACAGCAGUAUCCGCCGCCGCCACCACCGCCACCCGGUCUGUCGGCCGCAGCGGCCGCGGCGUACGCCAUGGGCGCCUGUUACCCGGGCACCAUGAUACCCAUGCCGAAGAUGCACCACGCCCCGCAUCACCCGGGCGCCGGUAGCUAUCCGGCCGAAGAGAUGCUCGCGUUGGCCGCGGCCGUCGCGCACGGCGUACACCAUCCACACCCGGCGGCCGCGCUACCCCGUUCCGUCGUCAGGCCCGAGGAUGACGGCGUGGUCGACGAUCCCAAGGUCACGCUGGAGGGCAAGGAUCUCUGGGAAAAGUUCCACAAACUCGGCACCGAAAUGGUCAUCACCAAGUCUGGCAGGCAAAUGUUUCCCCAGAUGAGGUUUCGGGUGAGCGGUCUGAACGCAAAAACCAAGUACAUCUUGUUGCAGGACAUUGUGGCGUCAGACGACUACCGGUAUAAGUUCCACAACAGCCGAUGGAUGGUGGCCGGAAAAGCUGAUCCGGAAAUGCCCAAACGAAUGUACAUACAUCCCGAUUCCCCGUCGACUGGCGAACAGUGGAUGCAAAAAGUCGUGUCGUUUCACAAGCUAAAACUCACCAACAAUAUAUCUGACAAACACGGAUUUGGUUUAAAUCAGUUUUCGCUACAGACCAUAAACAGACCUAUCAACCGUUUCCACAGAUUUCCAGAGACCAUAUUGAACUCGAUGCACAAAUACCAGCCUCGUUUCCAUCUAGUCAGAGCCAACGACAUCAUCAAGUUACCGUACUCAACUUUCCGUACCUACGUGUUUAAGGAAACCGAGUUCAUCGCUGUUACGGCAUAUCAAAACGAAAAGAUAACUCAGUUGAAAAUCGACAAUAACCCGUUCGCCAAAGGGUUCCGAGACACCGGCGCUGGUAAACGAGAAAAAAAAUGUGUACAACGUAAUGGUGUUUUCAGGCAAGCAAUGUUGACGGCGCAACGACACGGUGGCCAAACAGUUCAAAGCCAAGACGAAAAGCCCUCGGGUUCAGAUCACGAAGAUGAUAAACCACUGGACGUUGUUGGUGGAGGAGACCCCGACUCGCCAAUUUCUCCCCACCAUCACCACCAUCACCAUCAACCCCACCAACCCGGUUCGUGGUUUUCGGGAUUGGCUGAUGGUAGUUUGCUCCUGGAGGACGCCAUGAGGAGGCGCCUGGCAGGUCACCCGGCCCUUCAUCACGCGGCGUUCCUGCAACACCACCAUCACCAACAAGCUCACCAGCAGGAAAUUGAUAGUGAACAAGAAAGCAGUUGUUCCGAAUCGGGCCGGGACAGAAUGAAUUCACCGUCUGAUAAAGAGUCUGCUGGUCCUUCUGGACCCGGACACAGCCCUAGCGACUACCCGUCACCGAACGUGUCGUUCGGACCACCAAUCCCCCCGUCGCCGCACCUGUUGCCGUACUUAUAUCCCGGCAUGUACCCCGGCAGCCCUGGCCUGGGCGGUCCGCUCUGCCCGUCGGCGCUCAGCCCUACCACCAACCUGCUGUUCAACGCUCAGCUGGCGCUGGCCGCUCACCACCCAGGGUCGCUGUUCACCCAGGCGUACCUGCAGGGCGCCGCGGCCGGCGGCGGUACUGGCGGCGGCAGUCACCCGUUCAAGAUGACCAGUGGCCUGGCCGCGGCCGCUGGCCUGGGCCGGUUUCACCCGUACCACCUCGGUCUCCACCACCCGCUCCACCCGUCGUCCGUCGGCUCGGCGUUCGAAACCGUGACGCCAGGCCGGUGCUCGUCGGCCGGCAGCACGCCGCCGCCCGCGCCGCUCGACCUGCAGUCGCCGACCAACGGCGGCGGUCGACAGACGUCGCCUCCGCAGCAGCAGCCGCCGUUGCCUCCACCACCACCACCGGCACAGUUGUCGCCGGCCGCGGCACAGUUGCAACCGCCGCCGCGACAGUCGUCCGUGUCGCCGUCGCAACGGCAACACCAUCACCACCGGACGGCGGCCGCCAACCAGCCGUCGCCGACCAGCAGCGAACUGAAGUCCAUCGAGAAAAUGGUCAACGGACUAGACUCGGCGUCGGCAGCGGUGUCCGCCGCCGACGAACAACAAGUAGUGGCGAUAGUCAAGUAAACCGCGCAUGACCCUCCCCUCCCGCCCACCUCUACCAAUCAUCCCCACCGCCCCUUUGAACACUUACACAUACACUCAUCACACAUACGUAUUACACUCACAUACACGCGUUUCUACUAUGUUGUAUAUAUAUGAUAUAUAUAUAUAUAUAUAAAUCUAUAUAUAAUAUAUAAUAUAUUUGACUUUGUUAUUGUAGAAAAUUAUUUUACAUUUAUAUAUAUUAUAUA